AUGUUGGAAUUGCACAAGAAUUGUCAUUUAUUAUGCAUAGCUGAACCCAUAGAGGCUACUCUAAACUUUGAUAAUUUCUUUUCAUUGCAAAAUAAGUAUUUGAUGAGUAAAUUAACAGUCAUGCCUGUAAGAAAUGAAACAGAAGCUUGUCAGUGUAUGGACACAUUAGCCAAAGCUCAUCACAAAAAAGGAGCUUCCAUCUUGUGGGAUAAACUUUCAACAAAUUUGGAAACAGGAUUAACAGAUCCUAAUAAAAUUAUCAGUCCAUUUAGGCAUUCUGGAUUUUCAGAGCAUGAAUGUUUCUUGCUCUUGGACACGUUGGGUAGUGUGGAAAACAUCUCAACUGCAUCAUUUUAUGACAUCUUAAAAGCUGUCCAGUGCAGAAAAUUGGCUAAUAAAACAUUUAAUUUUUUCAACAACAAUAUUUGA